AUGCCUCCCAACUCCACCACCUUCUCCCACCCUCCCUAUUUCCUCCUCGUGGGCAUCCCCGGGCUGGAGAAGGAGCAGUUCUGGGUCGCCUUCCCCUUCUGCAUCAUGUACACCAUCGCUGUGCUGGGGAACAUCACCCUUCUCCUGGUCAUACGGGCAGAGAGGAGCCUGCACCAGCCCAUGUACCUCUUCCUGGCCAUGCUGGCCUUCACUGACCUGGUGCUCUCGACGUCCACGCUUCCCAAGAUGCUGGGCAUCUUCUGGCUGGGCCACAGGGAGAUCGGCUUCCUCCCCUGCCUGGCGCAGGUGUUCUUCAUCCACACCUUCACCUCGGUGGAGUCGGGCGUGCUGAUGGCCAUGGCCCUGGAUCGCUGCCUGGCCGUCUGCCGCCCGCUGCGGCACGCCAGCCUCCUCCCCGCGCCCGUGGUGCUGGCCCUGGGGGGCCUGGUGCUGCUUCGGGGGGUCCUGCUGGUCGCCCCCGUCUGCUUCCUUCUGCACAGGCUGCCCUUCUGCCAGCACCAGCUCAUCCCCCACGCCUACUGCGAGCACAUGGCCGUGGCCAGGCUGGCGUGCGGGGACACCGGGGCCAACGCGGCUUACGGGCUCUUUGUGGCCCUCGCGGUGGCAGGGACUGACCUGGCCCUGAUCUCUGUGUCCUACACCAUGAUCCUGCGGGUGGUUCUGAGCCUGCCAUCCUCAGGGGCACGGCUGAAAGCCUUCAGCACUUGUGCAUCCCACCUCUGCCUCGUCCUGGCCUUCUAUGUCCCUGCCCUCUUCACCUGCUUCACCCACCGCUUUGGGCAGAACAUCCCUCCCCACGUCCAUAUAAUCGUGGCCAGUCUCUACCUGCUGGCACCCCCCAUGCUGAACCCCAUUGUUUACGGGCUGAGAACCAAGGAGAUCUGGCACAGGGUGGUCCUUCUCUUCCGGCGGAAGGGAACCUGA